UCUUUCUGUACAUGGAUCUUUUGAUAGCAGUACAGGAAAGCUGUAGUGGAACUUUUGUGGCAGAAGGGGUUAAAUGAAAUCCAACUCUCCUUUUCCUGUGUAGUAAGGAUUAGUAACCAAACAGAAGCCCGAGGAGAAAGAGGAGGUUGUCAGAGCCACUGACUGAACUAAGAGACUUGAGGAUUCGGUUUUGGAGAUUUGAGUGGUGCUCCAAGGUGCCAUCCCUGCCUCCUGGCUGUUGUCUGCCUACACACGUCACAGGACACAAUGGAAUUUCUGUUCCUUCUCUUUAUGCUUGUGGUGAUGCCUUCUUCCACACCAGCAGCUCCUAAAGCAAAGAGGCAAUAUGAUUCCUGGGGAAGCUGGGGAGAAUGGGGUGAAUGUAGCCGGAGCUGCGGUGGGGGUGUCAGCCUACGGCACCGCCGUUGCUAUUCACAAAGGACAGAUGGUGGAUCCAGUUGCAUAGGACCAACCCGAAGCUAUCGCUCAUGCAAUAUCCAGAACUGCCCUGGGGGGACCAGAGAUUUUCGGGCAGAACAAUGUGCUGAAUUUGAUGGAAUAGAAUUCCAGGGAAAGCGAUACAAAUGGCUUCCUUAUUACGGAGCACCCAAUAAAUGCGAACUAAAUUGCAUCCCAAAGGGGGAGAACUUCUACUACAGGCACAAAGCAGCUGUGGCUGAUGGGACACCCUGUGAACCAGGGAAACGGGACAUCUGUGUGGAGGGAGUAUGUCAAGCCGUGGGCUGUGACAACAUGCUGGAUUCUUCUAAAGAGGAAGACAAGUGCCUGCAGUGUGGUGGGGAUGGCAGAGCUUGUUUUGAAGUGAAAGGCCUCUUUGAUGUGCCCAACCUCCCUAAAGGCUACAAUCAAAUCUUCAUCAUUCCCAUGGGGGCCACAAGUAUCCGCAUUAGGGAAGCAACACCAACCAGGAACUUCCUGGCCAUCAAGAAUGUCCGAGGAAACUAUUACCUGAAUGGACACUGGACGAUCGAGUUUAGUCGGGCCUUGAAUAUUGCUAGCACCAUUGUGCAUUACGAUCGGGGAUCAGAGGGUGAUCUUGCCCCUGAACUUCUGCAUGCCAGGGGUCCCACUACAGAGCCAUUGAUUAUUGAGCUCAUCAGCCAGGAGCCCAACCAAGGAGUCCAUUAUGAAUACUACCUUCCUCUCCAAAGGCAGAGCUUGGGAUACAGAUGGGGCCACAGUUCUUGGAGUGAAUGCAGCACUGAGUGCGGUGGAGGUUAUCAGUCACGUCUGGUCUUUUGUACUAUUGACAAUGAAGAAUAUCCAGAUUACAUGUGCAGAGAUAAACCACAACCAGAAAAUAAUCGAACAUGCAACAUUCAGCCUUGCCCCCAAACAAAACGGAUCUCUUACCUCUAUCUGCCGGGAGCAUGGAGCCGCAGCAGAGCAUGGAGCUUGCAAACCAAGAGCUGGAAAACCGGGGAGUGGGGCGCUUGUUCAGCCACCUGUGGGGGAGGCACUCAGACCCGCUCCGUUUACUGUGUCUCCUACAAUGGACACGGUUCUCAGGGUGCUGUUGAUGAUGCUGAGUGCGCAUCCUUAACAGAGAAGCCACGGAGCACACAGCCUUGCAACAUGCGGCAGUGUGCAAGAUGGAUCACAGAGCCAUGGUCUGAGUGCUCAGCUAGCUGUGGGGAGGGUGUUCAGACCCGGGUGGUAAGCUGCAGGACAGAGUCAGGCUCACAGACUCUCGAUAUUGCCUGCUUGUCAGGACCGAAACCUCCACAGACCCAGCCCUGCACUGGAGAGAACUGUAUACAGGAGAUUGGAUGGCAUAUUGGAAACUGGGGAUUGUGCUCCAAAAGCUGUGACUCGGGCAUCCGAACCCGCCAAGUCAUCUGUGCUGAUGGUGAUUCCAAAUUCUACAAUCACGAGAUCUGCCAGGCCAUCCAGCCACAGGUACCAACCAUGCUGGGAACCUGCAAUACCCAGCCCUGUCAUCUGCCACAGCAGGUUCCCAGUAUGCAAGACGCCACAGGCUAUGACAUCGGUCAUCAGGCUGUAUGGACCCGCUACAAUCCUGAUCAUGGCGCCACAGUUUCUAGAAAUGAGAGAAUAAUCCAAGCUGCCUCCACACAUCACCAGUCCAAUGAAGAUCAUAGCUCCAAUUUUUUGCCCUUGCGGUGGGAAACCCAUUCAAGCUCCUCUGUGUCUCACCACCUCAACACACAUGGAAAUGUUGGGGCUGAUGUUCACAACUGCCACCAAAGUCGUCACGGGUGUUGUUCAGAUGGUCGCACUUCAGCAGCAGGUCCUUUUGGGCAAGGCUGCCCUUUGGAGAGUUGUCAUCAGAGCAGGUACGGAUGCUGCCCUGAUGGGAUAUCGGCUUCACGGGGGCCAAAUAAAGAAGGAUGUGCACAAUACUACAGUGACGUUUAUGUAAACAGAAAUGAACCUGCUGCAGCUUCUCCAACGGCGAGCCGAGGUCUGUCCCAGCAGAGGCCAACAGAGGAGUGCCGGAGUUCUAUGUAUGGUUGUUGCUAUGACAACAUUGCUUCUGCAUCAGGGCCUAAUGGGGAAGGAUGCCUCAACAGACCCAGCCAACCGUACCCUAUCAACUGUCUGCUGCCCACUGCCCAUGGCCCCUGUUCAGAUUGGACGACUCGCUGGUAUUUCAUAAGUGACGUUGGAAAAUGCAACCGAUUCUGGUAUGGAGGCUGCCAUGGCAAUAAGAACAACUUUGCCUCUGAAGAGGAGUGCAUGAAAAUGUGCCACGACGCAGAAGGAAGACAUGAUGAGAGGCAUCACCACUAUGGCACUGUUCCUGACAUCCACACCAGUUCUCAGCAAUUUGCGAGAGGAUCCACUGGUCACAGUCAUGGAGGAGGAGGAGGAGGAAGAGCAACUCUGCGUGCCGAGGUUUCCCCAGCGCGGGCAGGCUCGGAAAGUCACUCAGCGCUACAUCACAAUGAGAGAGGCUGGGGAAGGACGAUGACUAUAGACGCUUUGCCUGAGCAAGGGACUGGUCUGCCAGAGAACCAACGGCAGGCUUCUCAUCACUCAGCAGCAGAUGGAGAUAGAAGGAAGGAUCCAGCAAGCCAUUUGCAUGGUUUGGGGGAAACUCUCACCUUUGGACACUCUGAAAGGCGACUGACUGUCAAUGGUCAGACAGUUCACCAUGCGCAUGAGGAGUGGGGGAGGGAAUCGGGAACAGACAGGUCCACUGUGAAUAGAUACGAGCACCAAGCUCCACCAGCCUCCUCCAUCCAACAUUCUCUGAACAGAAUCGUCUUGGAUGGAUCCGAGUCUUCCGCUGUGGAGGCCAGCUUGGGACAAAGCAUUCGCCUGCUCUGCAAGGGAGGCAGUUCCUAUUUCUCCAGAGUGGAAUGGCAGAAAGAUGGGCGACCCAUGUCAUCCGACAGGCACACCUACCAAUCUGACAAUUCCUUAGUGAUCAGCCAGCUCAGAGCAGAGGAUGCUGGGACUUACAUGUGCAUAAUUUCAAAUGGGAGGACCGAACGCAGACAGAUUGAGUUGAAGAUCAAAGAUAUCUCUGCCUCUACUGUUGCAGAGGGAACAAGGAGACAUAAUCUUUCACACAGCCAGAAUCACCAGCACAGAGGCGUUGGUACAGAAGUUAGCAGCAGGCAGCCUUUGACAUAUAGGUUAAAAAUGUAUAAGAAUGACCCUUCGGUUAUCGAUGCCAACAUUGGGGAGCGGGUUCGACUGCCCUGCCGUGUGGAGGCUUUGCCUUCUCUAACCAUUGAAUGGCAGAAAGAUGGCCAGCCCCUCUCCUCUCCCAGACAUAGGCAGCAGUCCGACGGUGCCCUGGUGAUCAGUCGUAUUGCAGCUGAAGAUGCUGGCUUCUUCACAUGUAUUGCUUCCAAUGGUCGGGAUGAGGAUCAAAGGAGAGUCCAGAUCAGACCUAGAGGAGAGUUGAGAAUCACUGGCCUGCUGCCCAGCCUUUCUAUGUUGGAGGGUGAAAAUGCUCGGCUUCACUGUGUUGUGACAGGCACCAAUGUGAACAUCAGAUGGUCAAGGAAUGGGGUCCCUGUGAGAGCAGAUGGCCACCAUGUCCAGAUGUCUCAAGAUGGAACUCUGAUUCUAAACAACGUGCAGAUCAGUGAUGAAGGGUCCUACACCUGCAAUGCUUACACUGGCAAUAAUUCUGUCAGUGCCAGUACAGAUUUCAAGGUUAUCAGGAAGAGGCCAGAAGUAUCUGCAGCUCUCCCUAGAGACCCAGGCAGGGAAUGUGUUGACCAACCACAUCUUGCCAACUGUGACCUGAUUCUACAGGCCCAGCUCUGUGGGAAUGAGUAUUACUCUAGUUUCUGCUGUGCUAGCUGUUUACGCCACCACGGCUGACCUUCUGCCUUCCCCUCCAUGUAAUGCUGCUUAAGAAGAAAGAAGUCUAUUGCCCAGAAUGGUGACUUCUAAGGAAGCAAAGAUUUAUUUACUCAGGAACAUAAACUGGACAGUCAGUAUGACAGCAGAGAGAACAGUUGGCAUUACUCAGUUCUCCAACUUCCAAAGCUUCUGUAACAUUUCGCAACCAAAAACAUAUGACUUUUUCCUAACAGCCAGCUGACCUGCCAACAUGUACGGAAACAGCAAUAUGAGCAAGUGUCAAAAGCAGGCCAAAAAUGUCUACAAUGAUGGUUAUACUCAACUUUUAAAUAAACAUAAACAUAAAUUGAGCCAGACCAUUGCCUUUUACAAAGGGGGGGAGACCUGUUGGCCACAUUUCUCUGAAAACUGACAUACUUCCAGUCUUUUCCCUAUAUGGUUAUUCCACGUGUCCCAUAUCCCCUCAGAGCUAGUUAGCUUUCAAGAGUUACAGACAGACAAAUGAAUUUGUCCUAUAACAGAAGCAGACUACUACUGUACUAAUGAAACAGUCUUAGCAGCAGAGUGGUUAACGCAAGAAUUAGUUGUAACUGUGGGGGGUUUAAUAAGUUGCUAAGGAGAAAAUAUCACAGGAAUUUAGGUAGCGACUUGCACUUUAGAUACUCUUAGGAAGGCUACAAUUUUAUGGCCAUCUUAAUGCAAGUAAACACAACUAAACACUGGGUCUUACUUCCACACAGACACACUUUCAACUGUUGUAGAAGUCUCCUAAAUAAAAAGAAAAAAACAAGAAUGACUGCAUAACUUCUUCAAGAUUCUGCAAAUACAUGACUACCACUGUGUGAGGAUUCCCUACUUGUGGCUACUAAGCUGAUGCCUCAGAAUUAUGGCAGACUUUGUUUAUCCUCAGGUUAAUCUUUGUCAGAUAUGCUUAAUACUGUAGAUGCCUAUCAAUGGCAAACAUGUUCAUAAAAAGAAUGCAAAGCUGGCAAUUUAACUGAUACAUUAUGAACACAUUUUAGUGAUGGUGUCAGGAUGCAACAUAAAUUUCAAAUCAAGUGCAGAAGGAAACAAAAUACCACACAUUUUGGAUGAGGGGGAUUCAAAAACUGUGUGUAAGGAAUGGGAGAAAUGCAAUUCUUAAUCUUAUAAGGACAGAAGAAAUGGCUUCUAAACCUCCUGCUUUCUGGGUGAAGUUUUAUAACUGAACAAACUGUUACCAUAGUUUCCAACCUACUACUACAGACACCACUAAAGAUAAAGCCAAGAUUCAUAACACAAGAGUUCUGUUUGCUGACUUUCACAGAGCCCUUCCUAUCAGUCCAGUAGUUUUGUUACUCAACAGUGUGCAAAGAAGGGAAGCACAAUACAACAAGCCACUAAUAAAUCUUCAGGUUAUGGCUGCCAUGGCAACUACAUAAAAGGCUCCUAGGUUAAAGAUUCCUCCUGCAGUCUGAUCUUGGGCUGAACUACUGUACAAGGGAAGGGAAGGAGGAACCCCUACAUGGUUUACACAUGUGUCAGCAUGAUGAAUUGGGACACCCCCCAACAGGUUACCUGAAAAUUUUCCACCAAGUAUUGCCUUAAACUUCCAUGACACAAACAAGCGCCUAUACAGGCCCUUCCAUGUACAGUAUUUGUAUUAUAUUGAUUUGUAUUGCACACUACGGAGCAGAGUUCUAAGGUCACUGAAUUAAUCUGUGACCUACUGUAAUUGCAUUCAUGCAGAAACAGCUGCCUUUUACACAAAAUAUUCUGGUGAGAAAGCCAGUUCCCACAUUUAAAACGUAAGGGGCAUACACUUUUACUCUGAUGGAAAACAACUGUGUAGUGUGGAAAGGUUCAUAAAAUCAACUACUCAAACAUAAGAGAGAAACCUAAGCCCCCCCCCCCAGAUUACAAGUAUACCAAUACAGUACCUAUCUCUUAUGUUUAGACAAGACAUAAAUUGUAUCAACUACUGUAUAUAACAACCAAAUAUAGUAACUAGUUAGAAAACUAUGCUGGGAUUUUUUUUAUCAUUUAAAGCUGUAAUUGAAACAGUGUUUAGUACAGUAAAGGUUACACAACGAGCUUUUUUAUGAUACACUGAACAUGUAAAUAGAAUCAGCAUCCAUGAAUGUACACAUAUAAAAUACAUCACCAUGCAAUUCUGUGAUUUUAAAAUAUCUCUUGAAGGCAAGCCCAGUUUGAAACCCAGUAGACACUGCAAAAUUAUAAAGCUGUUUAAUCAGCCAUAGGAAAAAAUGAAAGUAAAGUUUACUGAUAUCCACACCCUACCACCAAUUUCAUAACUGGCCUCUGUUCUCAACAUUAUCCAAAUAUCCAAUGAUAGUAACAUCAGAAGAACUACUGGAGUACACUUUAUAAAUUGCUCAUUUAAAAAAAAAUACAGCACAACAGUCCAGCUAAUGUUUAGGUACCUCAAACAGCACAGUAUCAUCUUGUGCUAAAUACAAAACAUACAAAAAUCAUAGAAUCAUUGAGUUGGAAAGGGCCUAUAAUACCAUUCAGUCA